CACUCCUGAAAUUUUAUGUAUCUCAUCGAAUGACUUUCACGGAAUCUAGCUAAUAGAGCGUGUCGUGUAAAAACAUAUUAAUCUGACGUCCGUCUACGCUGGUCUACGCUUCAGUACAGUAUCUUAUUUCAAACAGAAGGUACUUUCGUAUUUAGAGGGAUUUAUACGUCGUUGUUCAAUUAAAGUUAUAAAAUUCAUAGAUCAUUUAUAGUUAUUUCGUAAUUUCUUAUAUUGUUGAAUCUCUCUUAGAAUCAUGUGUAUAAAAUAUAUCAGUAUUCUUGGAUUCCUUGUAUUGUUUCUUAUCGUGGAAACUUUAGCAGCAAGUAAAGUUGAAGCUGAAAUGGUUGAGAAUGAUGAUGAUGACGAUGAGGAUGAUGAUAAUUCAGAUAUGAAGACUGUCGAGAUGGAAACAUUGGUCGAACCAUCAAGAAAGAUACUUGCUGAUAUUGUUCAGAAAGGACAAUUUUUUCAGGAUAUUUUUGCUGAGAACGUAGCACCUCUUAAAAUUCAAUUUGGUCACGUUUGUGAAAAUCCUAAUGAAUGGGAACAACGAUUCGAGCAAAAAGAUUUUGAGAAAAAUCAUCAUCAGGGCAAGGUAAGAUGGGGAAACAGAAAUGGUGGAUACGGUGAACACUACUGGGAUCUUAAUCACCAUAAUGGCAAAUAAAUGUUGAGAGUCUAAUGAUAAUUUAUUAAAUUGUUAAUACUUUAUUAUAUUAUCUUAUACAUGUUUCUUUACCAAAUAAAUAUUUGUACUCUUAACCAACGAUUAC